UGAUGGAAGACUAGUUACUACUUACUAGUACGACGAUUAUAACUAUCUCGGACAAAAACCUACGGUGUUCUCCUCCUCGUCGGUAAUCUCUCUCCGACCACCUGGAAAAAGGAAAAGAAAAAAAAAACCGCGAAACACAGGGAGCUCUCGUUCCCCUAAAUUCAAAACCCUAAAACUUCGAUCUCAAUUAAUUUUCGCAAUUGAUCGCCAAAAGAGAAAACACAAAAAGGGAAUGGACACCCACUCCUCUCACGGCGCUGGGCCCCUCCGUUCCCGGAGCUCGCAGUCCCCUUCUCCCUCUCACUCGGCCUCCGCCUCCGCCACCUCUUCCAUCCACAAGCGCAAGCUCGCGUCUGAAGACCACGCGCCACCCUUUCCCCCUUCCUCCUUCUCCGCCGAGACCCGCGACGGCGCUCUCACUUCAAACGACGACCUCGAGAGCAUCUCCGCCCGCGGCGCAGACUCAGAUUCCGACGCUGAUGACUCCGAGGACGCAGUCGUCGACGACGACGAGGACGACUACGACAAUGACUCCUCCAUGCGCAACUUCACCGCCGCCAGGCUCGACGGAAGCGCUGGCGCCGGUGGAGCCUCCGCACCGCGCAACACCAAGCUCAAGACCGAAAACUCAGUCACCGUGAAGAUUGAGAGCUCCGACGGUGUCAACAAGGACGCUGGCGUAGCUGGAAAUUCCGCCGCCGUGGGCACAGUUGCCACCGCCGGAUCCGUCCCCGGUAUCGUGGUGAAGGAAGAUGUUAGCAAGAUAUUUACGGAUAAUUUGCAGACCAGUGGAGCUUACAGUGCGAGAGAAGAGAGUCUGAAGAAAGAGGAGGAAGCGGGAAGGCUCAAAUUUGUGUGCUACUCAAAUGACGGUGUUGAUGAGCAUAUGGUUUGGUUAAUAGGAUUGAAGAAUAUAUUUGCUAGGCAACUUCCCAAUAUGCCAAAGGAGUACAUUGUCCGACUUGUUAUGGAUAGGAGCCAUAAGUCUGUAAUGGUUAUAAGGCGGAAUCAUGUUGUUGGAGGCAUUACAUAUCGGCCAUAUGUAAGCCAGAAGUUUGGUGAGAUAGCCUUUUGUGCAAUUACAGCUGAUGAGCAAGUAAAAGGUUAUGGUACUAGAUUGAUGAAUCACUUAAAACAGCAUGCACGUGAUGUAGAUGGGCUGACACAUUUUUUAACUUAUGCUGACAACAAUGCUGUUGGAUAUUUUAUCAAACAGGGAUUUACGAAGGAGAUUCACUUGGAGAAAGAUAGAUGGCAAGGGUAUAUAAAAGACUAUGAUGGAGGAAUUCUCAUGGAAUGCAAGAUUGAUCCAAAGCUCCCUUAUAUCGAUCUAUCAACAAUGAUUCGUCGUCAACGACAGGCUAUUGAUGAAAAGAUCAGAGAGUUGUCAAAUUGUCACAUUGUUUAUGCUGGCAUUGAUUUUCAGAAGAAAGAAGCUGGAAUUCCUAAAAAAAUUGUCAAAGUUGAGGACAUCCCUGGAUUGAGAGAGGCUGGUUGGACCCCUGAUCAGUGGGGUCAUUCAAGAUUCAGACUAAGCAACGCUACAGACAAUGCUACAAAUAUGAAGCAUUUGACAGCGUAUAUGCGUUCCCUUCUGAAGUCAAUGCAUGAUCAUACUGAUGCUUGGCCAUUCAAGGAACCAGUUGAUGCACGAGAUGUUCCUGAUUAUUAUGACAUAAUUAAAGAUCCAAUAGAUCUGAAGACAAUGACUAAGAGGGUGGAAUCAGAACAAUAUUAUGUGACAUUUGAGAUGUUUGUUGCUGAUGUGAAGAGAAUGUUUCAGAAUGCACGCACAUAUAACUCUCCUGAAACCAUAUAUUACAAAUGUGCUACAAGGUUAGAAUUACAUUUUCAGAGUAAAGUGACAUCUGGUGUCCAAUCUGGUACCAAAAUUCAGUAGGGAUGCAGUAUGCACAUACAAAAAUUGGAUAAAAUCAUAUCCCUUAUUCUAUGAUGUAAUCAUGUUUAUUAAGAGUAAUUCUCCAUAUCCAAGCAAUUUUAUAUUUAAGUUCAUCCAA